AUGCAUCCAUCUUACGUUUCUCUGGCCAUUAUGGCCAUCGGUGCCGCUGCGGCUCCCUCUUACCCCAAGCCUGACGCCAAGAGCGAUCCGUUCAACACCUUCCCCUUCAUGUCGGACACCAGUAGCGCCGUUGAAGAUGACGAUGGAAUGGAUAACCCCGUUCCUGCAUAUAUGGAGGCCAUGCAGGUCGCCGAGUCCGCCCAGGCUGGAAAGUAUAACUCGGCACCGGCUGCUUCUCAGUCUUAUCAGCUACCUGCCCAAAAGGCCGAGAAACCUGCUCCCACUUUCCAUCAGGCUCAGCAAGAGGCAGCCCCUACCUACCAGGCUCCCCAACAAGAAGCUGCACCCACCUUCCAGGCCCCUCAGGCAGACCCGGCGCCCACUUUCCAGGCUCCUCAGCAAGAGGCAGCCCCCAAGCAGGAGGCGGCUCCAACCUUCCAAGCUCCUCAACAGAAGCCGGAGCCCACUUUCCAAGUCGUCUCUGAGCCUGCUCAGCCUCAGCCCACUCACGUCGUGGUUGUGAAGCCUGAUGUGGUGGCUGAGCCUCACAAGCAGCAGAGCGAGCUCCCGGCGGCCGUCUCCAACAUUGCGCCAGCUCCUCUGUCGGAUCCGGAGCCUCCUAUGCAAAUGCCCACUUCUACCCCGGCUGUUGAUGAUGAUAUGCCUAUGAUCUCUGAGGUUCCCAUGAUGUCUGAGAUCGAUAUGUUCUCCGCUGUGCCGGACAUGCCAGAGACAUACUCUUCUGCCUUCUCCACUGAGGCUGUUGUAACGAUUGCUCCCAUUCCUAAGGCUCACCCGAGCUCUUCGUCCUCCAUGGUGCACUCUGUGAUGCAGACUCCCAUGCCCAUGCCCCAGGCUAAGACAUCAUCGAGCCACUCCAUGAUGAUGCCAGUCUUGCCGUCUACCCACUCGGUCAUGAUGCAGUCCACUCCCACCCACCAGAUCAUUGUCACCAUGUCUACCAAGGCUCGUCCAACACACUCUGUCAUGAUUCACGAGCAACACAUGUCUUCAAGCAAGGUCGCAACUGCCUCCAGUUCGGCUUCGGCCUCUGCCUCUGCCACUCCUUCCUCGAGUGCCGAUGCUGCCGACCCUCUGGGAGGUCUCACUGGCAUCUUUGACAGCGUUCCUAUCCUGGGUGGUCUCCUUAAGACUCUCGGUGGUUAA